CUCUUCCCACUGGCUGACUCCUCUUGCCCGUCUCACUCCCUUAUUCUUCCUAAAUCCUCAAUUCCGAGGGUUUUCUCAUCGCGGGAGUAGAAAAAUCUCCGGCCUCUCGCUCUUCCCCCUCGCUCCAGCUCGGUCCCCGGCGACGGCUCGGGGAAGAACACCGCUUCCGGGAGCCAAAGGCAUCUAGUUCCGGUUCCAUGGUUUGACUAGAAACUGGGUGGGGGGCAGAAGAAGGCAUGGAAGGAGACGAGCAGCAUCAGGUCGUUCUGGCAUGCACCGUCUGUGGGGUUUUCUUCUGUGUCCUGAGUCCUCUCAGUUUUUGGAUCCUCUGGGCUGUGAAUUGGAGGCCGUGGAGGAUAUAUAGUUGGAUAUAUGCAAGAAAAUGGCCAGAUAUCAUACAAGGGCCCCAGUUAAGUGCAGUUAGCAAUGUGUUGUCAUUUCUUGCAUGGGUGAUUGUUCUUUCUCCCAUUGUUGUGCUAAUAACAUGGGGAGCCAUUGUUAUUGGACUUCUGAGGCGGAAUAUAAUCGGUUUGGCUGUAAUAAUGGCUGGCACGGCUCUUUUGCUGGCAUUCUAUUCUAUAAUGCUUUGGUGGAGGACACAAUGGCAAAGCUCAAGGGCAGUUGCUUAUCUUCUUCUUCUGGCUGUAGCAUUGCUUUGUGCAUAUGAGCUUUGUGCUGUCUAUGUAACAGCAGGUGCAAGUGCUUCUGAGCAAUAUUCACCAUCUGGAUUCUUCUUUGGUGUUUCUGCAAUUGCACUAGCCAUCAAUAUGCUCUUCAUUUGCAGAAUGGUCUUUAAUGGAAGUGGAUUUGAUGUGGAUGAAUAUGUUCGAAAGUCAUAUAAGUUUGCAUAUUCAGAUUGUAUCGAAGUUGGUCCUCUUGCUUGCUUACCUGAACCUCCAGAUCCAAAUGAGUUGUAUAUGCAGAAAUCCCGUAGGGUCUUACAUCUAGGAGUUCUAUAUCUUGGUUCCAUGAUCAGCCUUGUUGUGUACUCUGUCUUAUAUGGUUUGACAGCAAAGGAAGCACAUUGGCUGGGUGCAGUGACUUCAGUUGCUGUUCUGGUUCUUGACUGGAACAUGGGGGUAUGCCUGUUUGCAUUUGAGCUAGUUAGAAGUCGGGUGGUGGCAUUAUUUGUUGCUGGAAUAUCCAGAAUAUUUCUUAUCUGCUUUGGAGUUCAUUACUGGUACCUGGGUCAUUGUAUAAGUUAUGCUUUUGUCGCAUCCGUGCUAUUGGCUGCAGCUGUUUCUCGUCGUCUGUUUGUCUCAAACCCACUGGUUGAAAGGAGAGAUGCUUUAAGAAGUACUGUAAUACGAUUGCGGGAAGGAUUUCGGCGCAAAGGACAGAAUAGUUCUUCAAGCUCUUCUGAAGGAUGUGGAUCGAGUGUGAAACGAAGUAGCAGCAGUGUUGAAGCAGGUCACCAUAUUACUUCUAUUGAGGAUAUUUGUGGAAGUAACUCUCAUUGUGCAAGUGGUAGCAGUAAUUGGAACAGUAUGCUUUUUGGUCGCUCUCGUAGUUGCCAAGAAGAUGUUAAUUGUGACAAGAAUGUUGAUUGCGGGAGUGCAAGCUUAGCACUACGUAGCAAUUCAUGUCGUCCUGUUGUUCAUGAUUCUGAAAUGAUCAGAACUGCUGCUGAUAGACAUCUUGAUCACAACAGUUCUCUUCUUGUUUGUUCGAGCAGUGGCUUAGAGAGCCAAGGCUGCGAGUCAAGUGGAUCAGGUGCUACUUUAAUAAAUCAUGCUGGUUUGGACUUAAAUAUUGCUCUAAUUUUUCAGGACAGACUGAAUGAUCCAAGGAUCACAUCUAUUUUGAAAAGAAAAGCUGGACUUGCAGACCAUGAACUGGCUAGCCUCCUUCAGGAUAAGGGUCUCGAUCCAAAUUUUGCUUUCAUGUUGAAGGAAAAGGGAUUGGAUCCUAGGAUCCUAUCCUUACUUCAAAGAAGCAGUUUGGAUGCAGAUAGAGAUCAUCAAGAUGCUGCAGAUGUUGCAGUACCUGAUUCAGGUAGACUGGACAGUACUGUCCCAAAUCAAGUAUCUUUAUCGGAAGAACUCAGACAACGGGGGCUGGAGAAGUGGCUCAACAUUUCCAGGCUUAUGAUGCAUCAAAUGGCUGGUACUGCUGAGCGUGCCUGGAUCCUUUUUAGUUUGGUCUUCAUUGUGGAGACAGUUCUUGUGUCAGUUUUCCGGCCAAAGCCUGUUACGGUUAUUAAUGCUACACAUGAACAGUUUGAAUUCGGUUUUUCUGUUCUUCUUCUGUCACCUGCUGUCUGUUCGAUUAUGGCGUUUUUAUGGUCUCUACAUGCAGAAGGAAUGUCCAUGACAUCUAGACCUCGCAAGUAUGGUUUCAUCGCAUGGCUCUUGAGUACAUGUGUUGGCUUGCUUCUCUCUUUCCUAAGCAAAUCCUCUCUGAUACUAGGAUUGGCUUUGACCUUCCCGCUCAUGGUGGCAUGCCUUUCUGUUGCUGUUCCCAUUUGGAAGUGUAAUGGUUACCGUUUCUGGAUAUCAGGAGACCUUGAAAAUCAUGCUGACAGUCGGCAGUCCUCUAGGAAGGAGCGCAUCCUGCUUGCUCUCAGCCUAUUCAUAUUUAUUGGAUCAGUUGUAGCUCUUGGUGCCAUUAUAUCUGCCAAGCCUUUAGAUGAUCUAGGCUACAAAGGAUGGAAUGUAGACCAAAACAGUGCGUACUCUCCGUAUACAACAUCUAUGUACUUGGGAUGGGCACUAGCUUCAGCAAUUGCUUUGAUGUUUACUGCUGUCUUGCCUAUUGUGGCAUGGUUUGCAACAUAUCGGUUUUCACUUUCGUCUGCUAUAUGCCUUGGCUUUUUCACAAUUGUUCUUGUUACCUUCUCUGGCGCAUCAUACUGGGGGGUGGUGAGUUCGCGAGAGGACAGAAUUCCAAUGAAGGCCGAUUUUCUUGCUGCUUUACUUCCAUUGAUAUGCAUUCCUGCCUUUUUGUGUCUCUUCACUGGUUUAUAUAAAUGGAAAGAUGAUGAUUGGAAACUUUCCCGUGGAGUUUAUGUCUUUGUCGGCAUUGGGUUUAUGUUAUUGCUUGGUGCAAUAUCAGCACUUACAUGUUUGAUAACACCUUGGACGGUUGGGGUUGCUUUCCUCUUAGUUAUACUUCUUAUCCUCCUUGCAAUUGCCGUAAUUCACUAUUGGGCAUCAAAUAACUUCUUUCUGACAAGGACUCAAAUGUUGUUUGUUUGCUUUCUUGUUUUUCUUCUGGCUCUGGCUGCAUUUAUUUUGGGGCUUUUUGAAGGCAAACCAUUUGUUGGUGCAUCUGUAGGAUACUUCUCUUUUCUGUUUCUGCUAGCAGGGAGGGCGUUGACUGUGCUUCUUUCACCCCCAAUUGUUGUAUAUUCGCCAAGGGUUUUACCAGUUUAUAUUUAUGAUGCUCAUGCAGAUUGUGCAAAAAAUGUUAGCCAUGCGAUUCUUAUUUUAUAUGGCAUUGCUUUAGCAACUGAGGGAUGGGGUGUCAUUGCUAGCCUGAAAAUAUACCCUCCGUUUGCUGGUGCUGCUGUAUCAGCUAUUACUCUUGUUGUUGCCUUUGGUUUUGCUGUAUCCCGUUCUUGCCUGACAUGUAAGAUGAUGGAGGAUGCUGUACGCUGUCUUAGCAAGGACACUGUUGUGCAGGCAAUUGCACGAUCUGCCACAAAGACUCGAAAUGCAUUAGCUGGUACUUAUUCAGCACCUCAGAGGUCUGCCAGUUCAGCUGCUCUUUUAAUUGGUGACCCUACAGUUACACGGGAUAGAGCUGGAAACUUUAUGCUUCCAAGAGCAGAUGUCAUGAAAUUGAGAGAUCGUCUCAGAAAUGAAGAAAUUGCUGCUGGUUUAUUCUUUUGUGGAGUAAAAAAUGGCCUCAUGUAUCAUCGUGAGUCUUUGAGUGAUGCAGACUACAAGAGAAAAAUGUGUGCACAUGCACGAAUUCUGGCAUUGGAAGAGGCAAUCGACACUGAAUGGGUAUAUAUGUGGGACAAGUUUGGUGGUUAUUUACUUCUUUUGUUGGGUUUGACUGCUAAAGCUGAACAAGUACAAGAUGAAGUCCGCCUUAGACUUUUUCUUGACAGCAUAGGCCUAUCUGAUUUAAGUGCCAAAGAGAUUAAGAAAUGGAUGCCUGAAGAUCGCAGGCAAUUUGAGGUUCUUCAGGAGAGCUAUAUACGAGAAAAAGAGAUGGAAGAGGAAAUCUUAAUGCAGAGAAGGGAAGAGGAGGGCAAAGGAAAAGAAAGGAGAAAGGCACUAUUGGAGAAAGAAGAGAGGAAAUGGAAGGAGAUUGAAGCUUCUCUUUUGGCUUCAAUUCCCAAUGUUGGAAACCGGGAGGCUGCAGCUAUGGCUGCUGCAGUGCGUGCUGUUGGAGGCGACUCUGUUUUGGAUGAUUCUUUUGCUAGGGAACGCAUAUCCAGUAUUGCUUGCCACAUUCGCACAGCAGAAUUGGCUCGCCGAGCAGAGCAGACUGGCAUCCAAGGUGCAGUGUGCAUACUCGAUGAUGAGCCUAGGAGUUCAGGCAGACAUUGUGGGCAGAUUCAUCCUAGUCUUUGUCAUAGUCAAAGGGUUACCUUCUCCAUUGCCGUGAUGAUUCAACCUGAGUCUGGUCCUGUCUGUCUAAUAGGAACUGAAUAUGAAAAGAAGCUCUGCUGGGAAAUUCUUGUUGCAGGUUCUGAACAAGGCAUAGAGGCUGGACAGGUUGGUCUCAGAUUGAUUAGCAAGGGUGACAGGCUGACAACUGUUGCUAAAGAAUGUAGUAUAGGCUCUGCAAGCAUAACAGAUGGAAGGUGGCAUAUUGUGACGGUGACUUUAGAUGCCGAAUUAGGUGAGGCUACAUCCUACAUAGAUGGAGGUUAUGAUGGAUAUCAAAGUGUCUCACUGCUUCAGGGGACUAGUUGCAUCUGGGAGGAGGGGACAAGUGUCUGGGCUGGAGUUAGACCACCUGUAGAUUUGGACGCAUUUGGAAGGUCUGAUAGCGAAGGUGUUGAUUCUAAAAUGCAAAUAAUGGAUGCUUUCUUAUGGGGAAGGUGCUUAACAGAGGAUGAGAUAGCUGCACUCCAUGCUGCGGUCGGCACUGCUGCAUAUGACUUGAUUGAUCUCUCUGGGGAUGUCUGGCACCUAGGUGAUUCACCUUCAAGGGUAGAUGACUGGGAAAGUGAAGAAGCAGAAGUGGAACUUUAUGACAGGGAAGAUGUAGAUUGGGAUGGUCAAUAUUCAAGUGGCAGGAAAAGGAGGUCAGCACAUGAAGCUGUGACACUUGAUAUGGAUAUCUUUACCAGAAAACUGAGGAAACCUCGGUUUGAAACUCAAGAGGAAAUCAAUCAACGUAUGUUAUCUGUUGAAACGGCUGUCAAAGAGGCUCUUUUAGCUAAAGGGGAGACACAUUUUACUGACCAGGAUUUUCCUCCAAAUGAUCGUUCUUUGUAUGUGGAUCCAGUAAAUCCUCCUCAAAAGUUGCAGGUUGUUUCUGAGUGGAUGAGACCAACUGAUUUAGUGAAAAUAAGAUGUAUCAGUUCUCGGCCUUGUUUAUUUUCUGGUUUUGUUAACUCCUCAGAUGUUUGUCAGGGUAGAUUAGGUGACUGCUGGUUUUUAAGUGCUGUUGCUGUUUUAACAGAGGUGUCUCGUAUAUCAGAAGUAAUAAUUACACCAGAGUUCAAUGAGGAGGGAAUAUAUACAGUUCGAUUUUGCAUUCAGGGUGAGUGGGUCCCUGUGGUAGUUGAUGAUUGGAUUCCUUGUGAAUCUCCUGGAAAACCAGCAUUUGCAACUAGUAGGAAACGGAAUGAACUCUGGGUUUCCGUCUUGGAGAAAGCUUAUGCCAAGCUCCAUGGUUCUUAUGAGGCAUUGGAAGGUGGGCUUGUCCAAGAUGCACUAGUCGAUCUUACAGGUGGAGCUGGGGAAGAGAUAGACAUGAGAACUGCUCAGGCACAGAUUGAUCUUGCGAGUGGAAGGUUAUGGUCUCAGUUGUUGCAUUUUAAAAGGGAAGGUUUUCUACUAGGUGCUGGUAGUCCAUCAGGUUCAGAUGUACAUGUUUCAUCAAGUGGAAUUGUCCAAGGACAUGCUUACUCAAUAUUGCAGGUACGAGAAGUAGAUGGCCAUAAGCUUAUUCAGAUUCGAAAUCCCUGGGCUAAUGAAGUUGAGUGGAAUGGCCCUUGGUCUGACACAUCACCUGAAUGGAGUGAUCGAAUGAAGCAUAAGCUCAAGCAUGUACCUCAGUCGAAGGAUGGGAUAUUUUGGAUGUCUUGGCAAGAUUUUCAGAUUCACUUUCGGUCCAUAUAUGUUUGUCGAAUAUACCCACCAGAGAUGCGCUACUCUGUCCAUGGGCAGUGGCGUGGCUAUAGUGCUGGGGGCUGCCAAGAUUAUGAAUCUUGGCAUCAGAAUCCUCAGUUCAGGUUGAGAGCAACUGGGCCUGAGGCAUCUUUCCCAAUUCAUGUGUUUAUCACCCUCACCCAGGGUGUGAGCUUCUCCAGAAAGAGCAAUGCAUUCAGGAAUUUCCAAUCUAGUCAUGAUUCUUCAUUAUUUUAUAUUGGAAUGAGGAUACUCAAGACUCGCGGACGUCGUGCUGCAUACAAUAUUUACUUGCAUGAAUCAGUUGGUGGGACUGAUUAUGUCAAUUCAAGAGAGGUAUCAUGUGAAUUGGUAUUGGAACCUUAUUCUAAAGGAUACACAAUAGUGCCAACAACUAUCCAACCUGGAGAAGAAGCACCAUUCAUACUGUCUGUUUUUACAAAAGCAUCAAUAACCCUAGAGGCCAUAUGAAACAUAAACUCUCUGAGGCAGUUACAUUUGUAGAUAUGGGUCAGGGCUGUAUCAUUGCUAGAGUAGCUUGGGGCCUUUGGGACUCGCAGGCUUGCCAGCAGGUCAAGUGUGCCACAAAGUAGAAGAGAUGCCAAUCAGCGAUUGGAUUGGAGCUGGUAUUGGUGCAAAUCGCAGCAGCUAAUCCCUGCUGGCGGAAAUCAUGCAAUUGGCUUAUAUUUCUUUUGGAGAACCAUGCAGCUGUGCUUGAGUUUUUAUUGCAGAUGAUUAUUUUGUUUUGCAUGACAACCGCAUAAGUACGAGGGUGGUGUACUCGGAUAAGCCGGUUGCCUUACCAGCUCGUUUGGCACUCCUUGACCCAGCUCGCACGGCGUCCUCGGCCGAGCUUGUAAAUAGCGGCAGCGGCAACCUGGUUUGAAGAAACAGGGCCUGAUCAUGAUCAAGUGUAGGUAUUGUCGAUGAUCAUGUAUAGAAAUUAGAAAGGGAAGAGGCUUUUAUUAGCAAGACAAUGAACAUUGUGUUCACGAGGGGGAUGCAGCUGAAACUGCAAUGGUAUUAAGUUCCAGCUCCAGCUGCAGUUUUGUAGUUCCCAUUCCUUUCUUUUUUUCCCUUUUUUGUUGCCACAGGCAUUUGUAUUAAUGUUUUCUAUGAGUAAUUUCAAUAUCUAUGAUGUUUAAACAGGGCCUCCAAUUGGAGUCGUGAAUUAUUGAGUCAUUUCUUUCGAAGUUGCAUCUUGCCAUCGGACACAAUGAAAGAAAUGGUUGGGACUUUCGAA